AUGCCAACAAUGUCUCUUUCUCCAGGCCCUUGGUCCACUGGUCUCUGUGACUGUUUUAGCGAUCUUAAUAGUUGCUGCUUAACAUGCUGGUGUCCAUGUGUUGCAUUUGGACGAAUUGCAGAAAUUGUUGACAGAGGAUCAACUGCAUGUGGAAUGAGUGGGACACUUUAUACAUUGAUCCUGUGUUUGACGGGGUGCUCAUGUUUGUACUCAUGCUUUUAUCGAUCAAAGUUGAGAGGGCAGUUUUUCUUGGAAGAAAGUCCAUGCACAGAUUGUUGUGUCCAUUGUUUCUGUGAGGAAUGUGCAUUGUGUCAAGAGUAUAGAGAGCUCAGUAACCGUGGCUUUGACUUGUCUAUUGGAUGGCAUGGGAACAUGGAAAGGCAGAAAAGAUUAGCUGCUACUGCUGCUCCAACUGAAGAAAGGAUGACCAGAUAG